CCGGGCCUCGGAGCCCCCCCCGCUUGCCCAGUGCGCGGCGCCCGCGGCUCCGCUCCGCGUCCUCUUCCCGCCGCCACCGGCCGCCCCUUCCCCGCCCGUCCAUGUCCCUGCCCGUGGUGCUCCCGGGCUCCUGCUGCCCUGUGGCUGGGCUCUCGGGCGGGCCGCAGGCCGGGGGCCCGGGCGCCGCGGCCGCCGCCGCCCAGGAGCCGCCGCUGCCCCCGCUACGGCCGCGCUGGCCCCGGGCCGCGCUGCAGCCCCCGGCGCGGCCUCGCUGCGCGGCCACCGCCGCCGCCGCCGGGGUGCUGGCCCCGCCGCCCUCGCUCUCCUCCCGCCGGGCCGCCGCCGCCGCCGCCGCGGCCCCGGGCUCGGCGCUGCUGCCCGCUCGCCCGCUGUUGUCGCUCGGUCUGCUGCAGCUGAUCCUGGGCUGCUGCAUGGUGGCACUCAGCUUCGGGGCGCUGUCGCUGAGCAGCUCGCCGCAGGUGAAGAACUCGUGCCCGUUCUGGGCCGGCUCCUCGGUGAUACUCUCUGGAAUCAUAGGAUUAACAACUUGGAAACGGCCUAUGAUACUCCUGGUGAACCUCUUUGUGCUUCUCUCUGUGGUGUGUGUCCUCCUGAAUUUAGCCGGAUUUAUCCUAGGCUGCCAGGGGGCCCAGUUCGUGUCCAGUGUGCCCAGGUGUGAUCUGGUGGACUUAGGUGAAGGCAAGAUUUGCUUCUGUUGUGAAGAAUUUCAACCAGCCAAAUGCACAGACAAAGAAAAUGCCUUGAAACUCUUCCCAGUUCAGCCUUGUAGUGCUGUUCACCUUCUACUCAAGAAAGUCCUUUUCGCCUUGUGUGCCUUGAAUGCCCUGACCACCACCGUCUGCUUGGUGGCAGCCGCCCUUCGCUACCUUCAGAUCUUUGCAGCCAGAAGAUCCUGCAUCGAUGAAUCCCAGAUUUCUGCGGAAGAAGUGGAGGAACACAGACGCAUACCAGACCCUGACGACUUUGUGCCACCAGUGCCUCCCCCUUCCUAUUUCGCCACGUUUUACUCGUGCACACCCCGGACGAACCGCAGGAUGGUUGAUCCUGAUGUUAUACCACUGCCGCAUAUCUACGGAGCGCGAAUCAAAGGCGUGGAAGUGUUCUGUCCUCUGGACCCCCCGCCUCCCUAUGAAGCUGUGGUGAGCCAGACGGACCAGCAGCAGGGAUCUUCAUUCCAAAUGCCAGAAGGAUCAGAAGCUGCCACCAGCCCCUUGGAACCGAUCUGCAUGCCAGUGAUUCAAGGUGGGGACAUUCCUAACACACCUGGAGAAGAAAGCGCAUCCAUAUCAACUCCCAGCUGCAACCAGCUACGUCCGGCAAGGAGCCGGAGAGCUCUCCAGCCCCUGAGGACAAGAUCCAAGAGUGACCCUGUGCUUCACCAUUCUGCAGAGAGAGCCGUCCCCGUGCUCAGCUGUGAAGCCGCGACUCAGACCGAGGGAAGACCAGACCUGGCUGCGGUGACCUUGAGAAGAGGGUUGAGAUCCCGAGCUUCGAGAUGCAGACCGAGGUCUUUAAUAGAUUACAAAUCUUACAUGGACACCAAGCUGCUGGUGGCGAGGUUCCUGGAGCAGUCCUCCUGCAGCAUGACCCCGGACAUCCAUGAACUUGUAGAAAACAUUAAAUCUGUUUUGAAGUCCGAUGAGGAGCACAUGGAGGAAGCCAUCACAAGUGCCAGUUUUCUAGAACAGGUCAUGGCCCCGAUGCAGCCCAGCACUUCCAGGGCCCUCGUGCUGCCCUCGAGGAGACAGCCUGGCCUACUGCACCUGCGGAGCUGCGGAGAUCUGAGCACCUUUGUCCCCGCGGGGAGGCCGAGAGCCGAGAGGAGGCCCCAGCGAGCGGAGGCUGAGAGGCCACACAGCCUCAUUGGCGUCAUCCGAGAGACUGUCCUGUGAAGCUGCGGGGCCCGGGCUCCUGAGGAGCAGGAAGAAAGAUGGGCCCUGGAAGGCACCCAGGGCCUCGGAGGGGAUGGAUCCCCUUCCUAACCCUGUAGUUUCCUGGCUGGGAGUACGGGUCUCCCUCUGGGUACUCCUCAGAAAGGGGGGCACUCUGGAGAACAUUUAUUCCCGCUCUUUGGCUCCCCUUUCUGCUGGCCAAGGGCACUCGAGGGGGAAUGUUAAAUUAUUCCGGACCCAUUUGGCUUUUGGGUGCGCCGAGUUGGAGGCCGUGAAUGAAGCCGCAUCUCCUUCUCCGCCCGGGUCUGCCCUGCUGUGGGCGGAAACGGCUCAGGAUUCUCUGCCCGCCGCACCCCUCGCGGCUCCCUUCCUCACUGAGUUCUUUCCCUGGCUGGAAGGGCAGAUCUGCUGGGCGGCUGUUUAUUUGCUGCCAAGUGAGAGUGGAACUGGCACGGAAGCAGGAUGAUUAACCCUGAUAUACUGCGAUGGUCAAGCCUCAGGUCACUCAAAUCACACUCUCUUUAGGAAAAACAGGAAACUUGUUUGGUGACAAAUUUUAUUGAAAGACAUUUAGGGAGAGAAUUCUUGUUGAUUCCAUUUAUUCAUGCUUGCAAAACUAGAGACAGCUAAGGCAGAACUGAGAAUAAAAGUGUUUACCUUGGACUUCCGGGCUCAC